GCAGUGAGAAGGAAAACCCUUGACCGACUCUGCAACAAAAUGGGGAAAAAUAAGAAACCUAAUAAACAACAACCACCACCUCUUCGUCUUCUUCUUUAUUCAAGAAACAACCGAGUCAUGACUCAACUCAGAGACUCUCUCCUUUCUCAACUCACCGAACUUCAUCCUACUUUACCCCCUUCCGUCCUCACUCGCCGCUCUUCCUUCAUUCAAUCUCGCCUUCAAAACCUUUUCCAUUCCUUUCAUACCCCUACUCACCCCCCUUAUGCAUUGAUGAUAAACAGGGCAAUUGUGGAAUUGAACGACCAGAAUGGUUCGACGGAGGAGGCGAUAUCGGGGUUUGUCAGAAGAGAAUACGAGGAUUUACCGUGGGCUCAUUCGAAGAUUCUGAGUGUUCAUCUGAAGAGAUUGUGUCAGGUUGGGGAGCUUGCGUGUAAUGAGGAUGGAAGGUAUGUGUUUCCUGGUGGUGAAGAAGAGAAAGAAGGGGGUAAGGGUAGUAAGAAGAGGAAGAGGGGUGAUAGAAGGAGUAAUCGAAUGGCUAUGUUAGAUAGUAGUGUUGGGACUGAUGAGGCUUCCACAGAGGUUAGUGAGAGUGAUCAACAUUCAAUUGGAAGUGUUGAAAAGGAAAUUCAAUGCUUGGAGGAACCAAAUGAAGAACUAGAACAAGACUCACAAACUCAGGUUAGUGAGAGUGAUCAUCAUUCAAUUGGAAGUGUUGAAGAACAGAUACAAGUACAAUCUGAAAAGGAAGUUCAAUGCUUGGAACCAAAAGAACUAGAAGAGUCACAAACUCAGAUGGUAAGUAACAGAAUUUGUGCAGAAGGGUCACCGGAGUGCAUGAUAUCUGCAGGUCCAGGAAUAGAAUUAUCAUCACCAACACAGUUGCAACCUCAAAUAUCCGCUGACAUUAAUACAGAUGUAACAGCUGCAUUAAUUUCUGUGAAUGUAGAUGAUGACGAGCUUCCUCAGGAUUACAAUCAAGGAAAUACUAAUGGAAACCUUGAUGAGAACCCAAUAUCCGAGUGUCUGGAACUGAUACAACCAAAGCGAAAGAGAGGAAGGCCUUGUAAGUCAGAAACUGAUGCAAAUUGCCAAGAGGACUCAUCGCUGCUUAAGCAGGGACCAAAGAGAAACAAGAAGAAGCAGGAGGGUCUAACUAGAAGUCGAGGCCCUCGAGGGAGGCCUCGUAAGGUAAUUCAAGAUACUGAACAAUGUGAAGAGAAAUUAAAGGAAAAAGAGGAAAAGUUAAAGAAAAAAGAAGAUAAGUUAAAGAAAAAAGAAGAGAAGUUAAAGAAAAAAGAUCAAGGUAAGUUGUGUCGUCGUGAAGAGAAAUUAAAGAAAAAAGAUCAAGCUCAAUUAUGUGAUCGUGAAGAGAAAUCAAAUACAAAGUAUCAAGCUAAGUUACGUGAUCGUGAAGAGAAAUUGAAUAAAAAAGAUCAAGCUAAGCUGCGUGGUCAAGGUCGCGGUCGAGGCCGCGGUAGAGGUCGAGGUCAGGGGAGGCAUCCUAAGCCCAAGGUAUGUGAUACCAUAGAAGUGGCACCACCUGCUGAAGCCACAGCCAUGUGAAGUUCAAUGUAGAUGUGGAUUCAGGCCUCUUAAACAAAACCAGAUUUAAGUUGCUAUUUCACUUUGCACGUGCAUGAAGUUUGGAAACAAAAUCCACUUGGAAGCAGUCAUGGCAACAGUCUGGUAUGUCUCAAAAGGUCAUAGAUUUUACCUGCUCGGUUGUUCCUGAUUCUAAAUCUCCGGUACAUAGAUUUGCUAGAUGCUAGUUUGAUUGGGUUCUUAUAGCUAAUUGCAUAUGUCCUCUUUUGACAAUGGAUCUGUAUUAUUUUUCUGAUAAUUAGUUCUGGUUGUUAGUACUUCCGGAGGAAUUCUAUCAGAUCUUUUGUUGUGUUUAUAUUAGCUUUACGACUCUGGCUUAGUCUUUGUCAGUGACAGCCAUCUUUGAAAUUCAGUUGGCUUAGGAACAAGAAUGCUGCUUAGGAUUGCUAAUAGGCCAAAACAUUUUUGAUAAUUAUGAUCCAUGACCGACAUUGACAGUCACAAAUUGCUACGUGUGUAUUAAAUUUUUUACAGUUAAGAUGCAUUAAAAGAUUGAUUUGUCUAUAUCAAUAAGGACUAGAGGUAGGAUAUAAGAUUUGUACCAAAAAAAAAAAAAAAGGUAGGAUAUAAGAUUUGGUUUAUGCAAGUGAAGUUGGCAAUAUACGCGAUGCACCUCCCAAUACUAGGGGGAAGUUUUGGAGAGGGGUAGGUAGGAAUUGAUUAAUCAGCUAUUAAAUUAUAAAUC